AUGACCCAACUACGCCUCAUCCGCAGCCGCAGUAAACAGGCGGCCUCCAUCCCCUCGGAGGAUCCCUGGCGCAACGACAACCCGUUUGGGCCCCCGCCGAUGCAACGCUCCCCCAGUCACCACAUGCGACGGUUACGCGAAACAUUGGCCAAAUGGUCCCCUUCCGCCUUGGCGGAAAAGGAGAUUCUUCGCAAACAGAAUCAAUAUAAGAUUCCGCUCACCCGUCGCAAUGUGGAUCACUUGGUGACGGUGCAACAAUGCGACGAGGCGAUCCGGCCCACACGGACGCCGGAGAUUCAAGUGGUGGAAUGGCUGCAACACGUCGCUUAA